AUGCCUUCCCGAAAACGCUCCAACCUAUCGUCGGCUUCUGCUCAAGCCAAACGAGUACGAUUGAGAAUAUUUACAGAAAAUCAACAGCAACGAGAAGAGCGUCUAGCACUGCAACGUUCUAGAAGAGCAACUUCUCGAUCUCAAGAGACUGCUGCUAACCGCGAAUCGCGCCUUGAUGCUAAUAGACGCCGUAACGACGCGUCAAGAUCUGCAGAAAGUGGUGUUCAACGUGAAAGUCGGUUGAGUGCUGACCGGUCUCGCAAAACUGAAGUACGAAUUGGGGAAACUCGGGGAGAACGUGAGUUUCGUUUAAGCUCUGAUCGUAGGCGCCACGAGUUUUCUCGAUCAGAAGAGACGAACUCUGAAAGAGGACAGCGUUUGUCUUCUGACCGCAUCCGCCAAGAAACCUCACGUUCUAUAGAAACGCAUGAGGAAAGAGUGUCGCGUUUGUCUGCUGACCGCACCCGCCACGAAAUCACGCGCACUCUAGAAACAAAUGAGGAAAGAGAGUCGCGUUUGUCUGCUGACCGCACCCGCCACGAAAUCACGCGCACUCUAGAAACAAAUGAGGAAAGAGAGUCGCGUUUGUCUGCUGACCGCACCCGCCACGAAAUCACGCGCACUCUAGAAACAAAUGAGGAAAGAGAGUCGCGUUUGUCUGCUGACCGCACCCGCCACGAAAUCACGCGCACUCUAGAAACAAAUGAGGAAAGAGAGUCGCGUUUGUCUGCUGACCGCACCCGCCACGAAAUCACGCGCACUCUAGAAACAAAUGAGGAAAGAGAGUCGCGUUUGUCUGCUGACCGCACCCGCCACGAAAUCACGCGCACUCUAGAAACAAAUGAGGAAAGAGAGUCGCGUUUGUCUGCUGACCGCAUCCGCCACGAAAUCUCACGUUCUGUAGAAACGCAUGAGGAAACGGUGUCGCGUAUGUCUGCUGAUCGCACGCAACAUGAAAUCACGCGCUCUCUAGAAACGCAUGAGGAAAGAGUCUCGCGUUUAUCUGCUGACCGCAUCCGCCACGAAAUCUCACGUUCUGUAGAAACGCAUGAGGAAACGGUGUCGCGUAUGUCUGCUGAUCGCACGCAACAUGAAAUCACGCGCUCUCUAGAAACGCAUGAGGAAAGAGUCUCGCGUUUAUCUGCUGACCGCAUCCGCCACGAAAUCUCACGUUCUGUAGAAACGCAUGAGGAAACGGUGUCGCGUAUGUCUGCUGAUCGCACGCAACAUGAAAUCACGCGCUCUCUAGAAACGCAUGAGGAAAGAGUCUCGCGUUUAUCUGCUGACCGCAUCCGCCACGAAAUCUCGCGUUCU